GCCAAGAUGGCCGCGCCCUGCACAAUGAGGGCCGGUCGCCCUUUACUACAACUUCUUAAUUCCUUUGCGCGGACGGGUGGUUGUAAUGCAAAGGUUCGUUCGUUUGCUGUGAGCUGCGUGUGCCGCGCCACGUUAAAUGCUCAACGGAAAACAGAGAGCCUCGGUUCGCCGUGGAAGCUAAUGGGGGCAGUGUGUCUGCGGAGGCUGCCUGUCAUAACGCAAGAUCGGACUCCCAUCGAGGAGUGCUUUGGGGAGAUGUUGCACAUGAUGGAGUCGGAGAAAAGCCUGUUGUCAGACCACGAGCUAAAGCUGCUAGAGGAUGCUGAGCGAAUGCGUCGCAGGCAAGCUAAUGAAUAUGACUCCGAUGACGAGGAAGACGAUGGUGACCGGGAGAUUGUUUUGACCCAGGACCUGGAGGACGCCUGGGAGCAGAGGCUGAAGGCAUUCCAGCUUGCACCGAGAGUCAGAGAUGAUGUGCACAAGGACCUGACUCGGAUGGAGCGCUGCUUGGCCGACUCGCUGUUUCUCCUGGUGGAGCAGAAGGUUGGCAAUGAGACGGUGUGGCUGCUGCCUCAGAGCCAGUGGCAGCCAGGAGAGAGCCUGAGGCAGACCGCCGAGAGGGCCCUGGCCUCCAUACCAGUGGACGGUGUCACAGUGACUUUACUGGGCAACGCACCCUGUGGAGUUUACAAGUAUAAAUUGCCCAGAGCUGUUCAGACGGAGAGCUGUGUCGGCGUGAAGGUGUUCUUUUUCAAAGCCGUCCUGUCGGGCAACAGCCCCGCUCCGAUUCCCACCGCUCCAUUUCUGUGGCUGAGGAAGAGCGAACUCCAAGACUACCUGAAGCCGGAAUACCUGAAGAAGGUCAACACGUUCAUUCUCGACGUGUAGAGAGGAAGUGAGCGCUGCGAGAUCGUCUUCCUGUCCUCA